GGCUUUUUAUUUUGAUCUCCACUAGGCUGCACAACGGUUAACAACAGGCAUAUUGUCUACCGUUACCUCUUGUCAUUUUUACCCUGAUUUCCUGUUAUCUGUACAACCAGUACCGUUCUAAAGGAUAUCCUGGAAUUACCGUCUUACCAUUAUGGACUUUUCAGUAAUUGAAAACGUUGGUAAAACGCAGCAUCCUAAAACUUAUGAUGGUCACAUACAAUAUGGUACAGCUGGCUUUAGAACAAGAGCCACCAUACUGGAUCAUGUUUUAUACAGAAUGGGAGUAUUAGCAGUUUUACGAUCUAAAGCAAAAAAUGCUGUCAUUGGUUUAAUGAUUACGGCUAGUCAUAAUCCAGAAUGUGAUAAUGGAGUAAAGCUUGUCGAUCCUGCUGGAGAAAUGUUAGAAGCUUCUUGGGAAAAAAUAGCGACUGAAUUAGCAAACGUGAAUGACUCUGAUAUAUCAUCUACCGUACAGCGUAUUAUUUCUGAACAGAAUAUCAGCAUUAAUACUCCAGCGUCAGUAAUAAUUGGUAGGGAUACCAGAACGAGUAGUGCUGCUUUAGCAAAUUCUUCGAUUGCUGGUAUCACAGCUGCAAAUGGUACUUUCAAAAACUUUGGUGUUAUUACUACUCCGCAACUGCAUUACUUAGUGGUGUGUACCAAUACAAAUGGUAGCUAUGGUGAUGCUACAUUAGAAGGAUAUUACCGUAAGUUAAGUAAUGCUUUUAAAAGUAUUAGAGGAGGUUCACCAAGUUCAGACAAAUACGUCCCAUCUGUAAAGCUGGAUGCAGCCAAUGGUGUUGGUGCAAUAGCUGCGAGGGAAUUUAAAAAGCAAUUGGAAGGUUUUUUAAAUAUAGAAAUUUACAACGUUGCUAAUGAAAAUCUGAAUCAUGAGUGUGGAGCAGAUUAUGUUAAAGUUCAGCAAGUCCCUCCGGCAACUGUUCCUGUCGAAAUAAAUUGUAGGUGUGUCAGUAUCGAUGGCGAUGCAGACAGAGUCGUUUACUAUUACGUAGAUGAAAAAGCAAAGUUUCAUCUUCUGGAUGGUGACAGGAUAGCAACUCUGGUAGCAGGAUACUUUAAAGAAUUGUUGAACAAAAGUGGAUUAAAUUUGAAGCUUGGAUUGGUCCAAACAGCAUAUGCUAAUGGUGGCUCAACACAUUAUAUCGAAAACGUUCUAAAAAUACCAGUGGCCUGUGUACCUACAGGUGUUAAGCACUUGCAUCAUAAAGCACUAGAAUUUGAUAUCGGAAUUUAUUUCGAAGCGAAUGGCCAUGGAACUGUUGUCUUCAAGGAUUCUGCCAUCGAAGCCAUACGAGAAACAUCUGCGAGCUCCGAUUCUUCAACCGCUCAAAAGGAUGCAGCUUCCAAAUUAGCUAGUGCAAUUGAAGUGAUCAAUCAAACUGUAGGCGAUGCUCUUAGUGACAUGUUACUGGUAGAAACAAUCUUACACGCCAACGGUUGGGAUGUUCUUGCUUGGGAGAGCAGUUACAAUGACCUCCCAAAUAAGCAAGUUAAGGUCAAGGUCGAAGACAGGAAUGUAAUUUCUACAACAGAUGCAGAAAGGAAAUGCGUUAAGCCAGUUGGAUUGCAAGAAGAAAUUGACAAAAUAGUUUCGCGUUAUCCAAAAGGCCGUUCCUUUAUUAGAGCAUCUGGUACCGAAGACGUUGUCAGAGUUUAUGCAGAAUGUGAAAAUUCGACAGAUGUUGAAAAAAUUGCUCAGGAUGUUGCAUCUGCUGUACGCAGACUUGCUGGUGGAGUUUCUCUUUCGUAGUAAACAAUUAGUGAUGUGUUCAUCUACGUGUACAAGAAAAAUUCAGGAAUACUAACGAUUGCUCUGAUGAAACAAUAUGAAGAGACAAUGCAAAGCUGUGUUAAAAGUCAAAUUUGCUAAUAAUAUUUAAGAACGAUUGUUUAUGGAGCA